UGAAAAGGACACAUAGAGAAGUCAUGAACCUGCUAUCAGGGGCCUUUAAAUAUGUUGCAGGAAUAGAUGAAGAAUCGUAUUCUUCUGGAGGACUUAGUGUUGAACGCUUCAUAGACCGAAUCGUAGGUAGCAGCUUGCCUCAAGAUAGACGUGCAGCUUUGAGGGAGUUGAUAGACUUGGUGAAGAAGGAUGUUGCGUCACGUGAAAAAGUUGCAAAACUAGGAGUUAAAGUGUUUGUUGCUAUUUUGCAACAGGACAGACCAUACCAAGAAACCAUUGUCCAAACUUUGGAGCUCCUCAUUUUGUUAGUAACUCAAAUUGAGUCAGAAAAAAUAGCAGAAGAACGUCUUUUAGAUGAAAUUGACGCCCUUGAAGUUUCCCGACAAGUUGCCCACGAGAAUACUCAAAUCUUUGUCAAGUACCCAGGUGCAGUGGUUCAGCUGCUAGACCUUCUUGAAGAAGAAGACUUUUCCAUCCGUUUCAAUAUUAUAGAGUUGUUAACUGCCCUUCUUGCGAACGAUCCUGUCUUAGUGCAGCAGAAGAUUCUUGAAGCCUCACAAGGGGUAACGAAGCUAAUGGAUUUACUCAAAGACCGAAGAGAAGUCAUUCGCAACGAAGCAAUUCUAUUGUUGACGGCUCUUGUUAGAAAUUGUGAAGAGGCUCAAAAGAUUCUUGCUUUUGAGAAUAUUUUUGAACUCAUGUUUGACAUCGUCGAGAGUUCUAUUCAACAAGCAGAAGCUCAAAGAGAAUUACUUGACUUUAGUGAUGGUCAUACAGUGGAAGAAAGUGUCAAAGACAGGAAAAAAUUAGUUACAAAUGUUGAAAUUGAGAUACUAAUUCACGAUUGCCUACUUUUGCUUUUCAGCUUAUUACAGAAAAACGAAAGUAACCAGAAGUAUUUUCGUGAGACUGGAUGUAUUCCUAGGCUGAAUAUGUUAUUGGACUUGAAAGGCACUGAAAUUUCACUAGUUUCAGCACAACGGGGAGAGAACCUGCAACUUGCAUUGGAGCUAUUGCUGAGUUUGGUCGAUGACUCUUUUAAGUCUUCAGAAAUCCAGCAAAAUAAGACUCUUUGUGCAACAAGCGGCAUUUUAAAGGCUGUUAUUCAUAUUGCUCUUGCACCUUUUCCAGAUAGUAUGUGCAUCGUAUGUGUUCGAGCCUUUCAGUCAUGGAAACUUUUGAUGAAGAAUCAUAAAGAAAAUCGUACAUAUGCUUGCAGUAUAUCUGUUUUAGAUCCACAAAGCAGAAUACCUAUAGGCUGUGUUGUUGCUGCAUUCGACAUAUGUUGCACCGAUAGUUCUCCUGCCGUAAGAUUAGCGGCUUUUGAACUUGUAGAGUUGUGUGUCAUGGAAGAUAUACAAGAUUCAAACAACUUUAUCAAGGCUCUCGAGAAGAAAAACGAGAAUUGUGAGUUGGAUACCGACAAUACCUAUAAUCAUCAUAUGCAAGUAUUGUCGCUCAAUCUGUUGGAUACAGUCAUUGGAUGGCCUGAAGAGGCAGAUUCAGCAGCAGUCUUUUACGCAUGUCGAUUAUUAUCCAAUCUUUUGCACAAGUUGGAUUCAGGAAGACUUUAUCUUUUAAGAACAGCGAUAGGACCAGGAAGAGAAGCGUUUCUUGUAAAAUGUAUGAGAAGUUUGAGUAGAGCAGAACGUAAUCAUGCAAAUGCUUCCUUGAAGAUUGGAAUUCUGAUACUCAUGAGUACCUGGCUCUAUUCUUGUUCAGAGGCGGUUCAAUUGUUUUUAAGCUCUGCUAUGCAUUUGCCGUUACUGAUUGAAAUGGCAACAAAAAGCCCGCAACAUGAAGACGAUAUUCAUGUGCAGGGUUUGGCAGCAUUGGUUUUGGCUGUUUGCUUGGGAACAGAAACAGAUUCGAAGAACGUUCUCGUUUCAGUGGUUCGUCAAAGAAUCGGAGUCACCAACUUCGUUGCCAAACUGGAUGAGAUUCGAGCUUCAGACUUGUUUAUCUUAGCUUAUACGUCGAAAAAUUAUCUUAUUCCAGAUUCCUUGUUGAAAAAUAAUUUAGGAGCUCAUUUAGACGAAAAACUUGGUCAUAGGUAUUGGUACGAUCCGAUAUCUGUGCAGCUUUUCAAUCAAGUUUAUUUUUCCUUGCAAAAACAAAUCCUUGAACUUGUUGUUACAUCAGACGAUGAAGAUCGAAAAGAGUACAAUUCUUCUCAGACGGAAAAAUGGAAUGAUUCUUACAGACAAGACCUAUCCAAUUCUAGAACUAGAGAAGAAUUUUCGAAUGCAGAAGCAUACAAGUCUAUUAUUAGAGAGCAGGAUAAGCAAAUUGAAAAACAACAUCAGAGACUUGAGGAACUGGAGAGGAUAGUUGCUGAACUCCAACAAGAACUUGAUUCUCAAUCGAAGAUAGCCAUCGAAUCAACCAGAAAAGAGUUGGAUGAAAGAAAUGCUCGUUUGGAAUCAACAAAUUUACAGCUGAAAGAUGCUUUAGACAGAAUUGCAUAUUUAGAAAAUUUGUUGAAUGAGAAGGAGGCAGAUCUUCAAUCAAUUUCUAGGGCUUGUACAGAUUUGGAGACCGAGAAUGAGAAGUUGAGAGGAGGUUCGAGUGGAGACACUGGUACGACGACUUUGGAAGGAAAUGUUUCUUCUAGUAAACAUUCAGAAAUUCUUCCACAAGAAAUUACUUCAAAUGACAAUGUUGCUAUCAAAGAAGAAGAAGAACCCCCGAAAGUACGAGAUGAAAGAGAUUCAGUCUAUAGUUUAUUUGAGGAGAAUAAUCGUCUACAGAGGAGAGUGGAAGAUCUUUUAGCAGCAAUUGGUGACUGGGAAAGUUACUGUGAAGCAAUGAAAGUAAAGCUCAAAGAGGAACGUGAACAGAAUGAGAGAUUGAAAAUUGUUGCCCGUGACAGUGAAUUGAUCAAGGACGGAUACGAGGGAUCUUUGAAAAAAUUACAGCAGCAGUUGGACCAAUGUAAAAAAGAACUAUCAAAUAGAGAAGAGCAGUUGAGAAUAUUGUCACAAGAAAACCAACAGUUACGAGCUGAUUCCGAGCACAUGAAAUACGAACCAGAUGUAAGUACGCAGGAGUUUUACCGUGCUUCGGAAGAAAGUUGGAGCUUUUCUCCUAAACUUGACCGCGAUCCUAUUCUGACUCAUUCUAGACUUUUGCGUUGGAUAAAAAAUACUUUAAUGGAGCAUAUUAACAGUUUUGUAACAAUGGAAGAACGAAACUGGAAGGACUUGGACAAUUUAUUGCAUCAUUUUUAUCUUCGUUUGGAGCAGCUUUCAAAAACUGUUGUCUUUUUGAAAAACAAGUAUCACUCCAUGAAGUAUAUAGAAAGAACAAACCCUUUGAAGGGCCACAUUCUUGAAGAAGAGCAAGAAGGAGACUUGUCUGAUCUCUUUCAAGGAAAAAAGAACUCAUCAGUUUCCUUUAUUAGUUCUUCAAAGGACGAUUUUCCACUGGUGACCUCCGAGGAAUAUCUCGAGGAUGUUGACAUUCAAAAUGAAUAUCGGGAAGCACUUUCAUACAUUGAGGAACUUCAAGAAAAGAACAGUAAUAUUGCCAAUAUGGUUAGUCUCUAUAUGUUAGAAUGUCAAAGACAGUAUGAUGUGCUGGAGAAUAAUGCGUUUGGUCGUAUACAGUUGCAAGUUGAUUUGUUAGAUGACUUCAUUACAAAGCUCAACAAGUUGAUGCGUAAGUUGAAUAUAUUAGUGAAAUAAAAACCCGUUGUUUUUUAGAUACAGAGUUAUCGACAUUUCUUGACUGUUCUUUGAGAAUCUCUAACAUUCGUGGAAAACAAAAAAGUCCUUCGCUUAGAAUUGCUUG